AUGGAUCCCGAGCAGCAGCAAACAGGCGCUGAAGCAGCCCGAGCUCAAGCACCCAAUACCAGCGGCGAGCCACAAUUCGAUCCCAGCUUUAUCCCCCAGAUACCAAAUUCAGAUGCUAUGGCUGGCAUUCUUCCAGGCCAGUCAUUCAUCUCUGAUCCUAUGGUUGCGAACUUAUCUAUGGGCAACCCGUCCAUGAUGCUUCCCAUGAUGCUUGCCAACGGCCAGGUUCCUCAACAGGUGCAAGAAGCUACGUCCAUAUCCGCUGACGAAAUUGCUCUGUAUGAUCGUCAGAUCCGCCUCUGGGGAAUGGCCGCUCAAGCCAAGAUUCAAAAUGCCAACAUCCUGCUCAUCACCAUGCGCGCGCUCGCCAACGAGGUCGCCAAGAACCUGGUCCUCGCAGGCGUCAAAUCCAUCACCCUCCUCGACAGUGCGACCGUCACGGAAGCCGACCUCGGUGCGCAGUUCUUUCAAAACGAUGGCGACUCAAACGACGCCACCCAGAGCCACGUCGGCCGCAACCGCGCCGAGGCCGCCGCGCCUGCCCUGCGCAAGCUCAACCCACGCGUGCAGGUCCACGUCGACGCCGAGGGCGUCAAAACAAAAGGUCCUAGCUACUUUGCGUCAUUUGACAUUGUCAUUGCCACGGACCUGGAUCCCGACUCCUUCAACCUCAUCAACACGGCGACGCGCAUCAACGGCAAAGCAUUCUACGCAGCCGGCACACAUGGCAUGUUCGGCUUCAUAUUCAGCGACCUCAUCGAGCACGACUUCGUAAUCGAGCGCGACGCCGGCAACGUCGCCACGCACGCACCGCAGCAGGAGACGCGCACGCGCUCCAUCGUCAGCGUCCAGACGAAGAAGGACGGCGGCAAGACGAUCGAGUCCGUCGCCAAGCGAGAGCUGUACUCCACCUGGUUCCUCGCCAGCGACAUCGCCACGCUGCCCGACGAGUACACCGCGUCCAAGCGGCGCCUGCGCGCCGUGACGCCCGCGCUGUCAUGCCUGCGCGCCCUCUGGGAGUUUGUGCAGGUCCACCCGCCCGGCGGCCUGCCCGCCACGCGCGACGAUCUCAAGCUCUUCACGCAGCUGGCGACGCAGAAGCACAAGGCCCUCCGACUCCCCAGCGAGACGCUGCGGCCCGAGUUUUUGCGCGCCUUUUUGCAGAACCUCGGCGCCGAGGUGGCGCCCGUGGCCGCCGUCCUCGGCGGCCAGCUCGCGCAGGACGUCAUCAACGUCCUCGGCCAGCGGCAGCAGCCGAUUCAAAACACGGUCAUCUUUGACGGCAACACGAUGGAGGGCCUCGUCUACGCCCUGCACCCCGAGGGCAUCCUGGGCGCCAACCUGCUGUCGAGCACCGCCGCGGACGUGAACGGUGCCGCCGGCGUAAUGGGCGGUGUGGGUGGUGUUCCUGGGGUUCCGAUCGGCGUCAACGGUCUGGGGAUGAUGGAUCAGGGCAUCUUUCCCCCGAACGGCGGCGGCUUCCCGCUCAACAACGGUCUCGGCAUGCUCGGUCUGGAGCAGCAGCGGCAGCAGCAGCUGUCGCAGCCGCAAGAGGGCGUGCAGCCGGCGAUUCCCGUGCAGCAACCGCCUUCGCAGCAGCCCGUCUCCGCCCCGGAGCAGCCGCCGCAGGAUCCUACGGUGGCCGCCUCGGGCCAGGCAGAGCCAACCAGCUGA